CAGCGUGUGCGUGCGGGAGGCUGGCGACAGGUUUCAGCUCCUACUUGGCGGCGGAUGCUGCCGCCGAGCGCUGCUCCCCAGCCCAGCAGAGCCCGCACCCGGCAGGGGCACAGCCGGGCUCGGCAGCAGCAUGAAAGCGGCGCUCAAGUUCUCCAUGAGCGCCCCUCCGCUCCUGCGCCCGCCCAGCCCGCUGCUCCCGGCGGCCGGCGGCGGCGUCUCCUUCCACCUCCAGAUCGGGCUGAGCCGGGAGCCGGUGCUGCUGCUGCAGGACUCCGCUGGGGAACUCAGCCUGGCGCACGUCCGCGAAAUGGCUUGCUCCAUAGUGGACCAGAAGUUUCCUGAAUGUGGUUUCUAUGGAAUGUAUGAUAAAAUCCUACUUUUCCGCCACGACCCUACCUCUGAAAAUAUUCUCCAGCUGGUGAAGUCAGCUACUGAUAUCCAAGAAGGAGACCUAGUAGAAGUUGUCUUGUCAGCUUCUGCCACUUUUGAAGACUUUCAAAUCCGCCCCCAUGCUCUGUUUGUUCACUCAUACCGAGCACCAGCUUUCUGUGACCACUGUGGUGAAAUGCUUUGGGGCCUUGUGCGUCAAGGACUUAAAUGUGAAGGAUGUGGUCUAAACUACCAUAAGAGAUGUGCAUUUAAAAUCCCUAACAACUGCAGCGGUGUACGUAAAAGACGACUCUCAAAUGUUUCCUUAACAGGAGUCAGCACUGUUCGGACAGUGUCUGCAGAACCCUCACCUAGCACACCAGAUGAGGCCCUUCUGUCCCCUGUCAGCCCUGGCUAUGAGCAAAAGACACCCUCAGAAUCAUUCAUUGGGAGAGAGAAAAGGUCAAAUUCACAGUCCUACAUUGGACGACCCAUUCAACUAGACAAGAUCUUACUUUCCAAGGUUAAAGUGCCUCACACUUUUGUCAUCCACUCCUAUACACGUCCAACAGUUUGCCAGUACUGUAAGAAGCUUCUCAAAGGGCUUUUUAGACAGGGCGUGCAGUGCAAAGAUUGUAGGUUCAAUUGUCACAAGCGCUGUGCACCUAAAGUGCCAAAUAACUGCCUUGGUGAAGUAGCCAUUAAUGGGGAUUUGCUUAGUCCCGGGGCUGACUCUGAUGUGGUCAUGGAAGAAGGAAGCGAUGACAAUGAUAGUGAAAGAAACAGUGGUCUUAUGGAUGACAUGGAAGAAUCUAUGGCUCAUGAUUCUGAGAUAUCAAUGACAGGAUGCCACAGUGAUAAUGGGGAGAUGCAAGAUGCUGAUCCAGACCAUGAUGAUUCUAACAGAAUGAUCAGCCCUUCAGCAAGCAACAAUAUUCCGCUAAUGAGAGUGGUACAGUCUGUCAAACACACAAAAAGGAAAAGUAGCACAGUGAUGAAAGAAGGAUGGAUGGUUCACUUUACAAGCAAGGACACACUGAGGAAGCGACACUACUGGAGACUAGAUAGCAAAUGUAUAACACUCUUUCAAAAUGAAACUGGAAGCAAAUAUUACAAGGAAAUUCCAUUAUCUGAGAUUUUGUCUCUGGAACCCGCAAAAAAUUUUACUUUACUUCCUCAAGGAGCCAAUCCUCAUUGUUUUGAAAUAACGACAGCAAAUAUAAUAUAUUAUGUUGGAGAAAACCUAGAAAACCGCUCAAGUAUCCCACUUAAUAACAGCGUCCUCACCAGUGGCGUUGGCCUGGAUGUGGCAAGAAUGUGGGAGAUGGCUAUACAACAUGCUCUGAUGCCAGUCAUCCCAAAAGGAGCACCAGCAGGAUCAGGCCCCAGCUUGCACAGGGAUAUAUCCAUCAGCAUUUCAGUGUCAAACUGCCAGGUUCAAGAAAAUGUGGAUAUUAGUACAGUAUACCAAAUCUUUCCAGAUGAGGUGUUGGGAUCAGGACAGUUUGGAAUUGUGUAUGGAGGGAAACAUCGCAAAACAGGAAGAGAUGUUGCAAUUAAAAUAAUUGACAAACUAAGAUUUCCAACAAAACAAGAAAGCCAACUUCGUAAUGAGGUUGCAAUUUUACAGAACCUGCAUCACCCUGGGGUUGUAAAUUUGGAGUGUAUGUUCGAGACACCAGAAAGAGUGUUUGUUGUUAUGGAAAAGCUCCAUGGAGACAUGCUCGAGAUGAUCUUGUCAAGUGAAAAAGGCAGGUUGCCAGAACGAAUAACAAAGUUUUUAAUUACUCAGAUCCUUGUUGCUUUGAGGCAUCUUCACUUUAAAAAUAUUGUUCAUUGUGACCUCAAACCAGAAAAUGUAUUACUGGCAUCUGCUGAUCCUUUCCCACAGGUUAAACUUUGUGACUUUGGCUUUGCCCGAAUCAUUGGAGAGAAGUCAUUUAGACGGUCAGUUGUAGGCACCCCAGCCUACCUAGCUCCAGAAGUGCUGAGAAACAAAGGCUAUAAUAGGUCUCUGGAUAUGUGGUCUGUUGGUGUCAUAAUUUAUGUGAGCUUAAGUGGUACAUUUCCAUUCAAUGAAGAUGAAGACAUCCAUGACCAAAUCCAGAAUGCUGCUUUCAUGUAUCCACCUAAUCCCUGGAAGGAAAUUUCUCAUGAAGCUAUUGAUCUCAUAAAUAAUUUGCUGCAAGUGAAAAUGAGAAAACGCUACAGUGUGGACAAAACAUUAAGCCACCCGUGGUUGCAGGACUACCAAACCUGGCUGGAUUUAAGAGAACUUGAAUGUAAAAUAGGGGAACGUUACAUCACCCAUGAAAGUGACGAUUCACGGUGGGAACAGUAUGCAGGGGAGCAUGGCUUGCAGUAUCCAGCACACCUUAUCACGCCUAGCACGAACCACAAUGAAAACACUGAGCCAGAGGAAACAGAGAUGAAAGCCCUCAGUGAGCGUGUCAGCAUCCUUUAAAUUGCAUCCCCUAUAAUCUGUCAAAACACUGUGGAAUUAAUAAAUACAUACGGUCAGGUUUAACAUUUGCCUUGCAGAACUGCCAUUAUUUUCCAUCAGAUGGGAACAAAGCUGUUAUACUGUUACCACUGUUGAUGCAUCUGAGUUGCCAAGACAAAUCAACAGAAGCAUUUUUAUUUUGUGUGACCAACUGUGUUGUAUUAACAAAAGUUCCUAGAAACACUAAACUUGUUAUUGUGAAUGAUUCAUGUUGUAUUUAAUGCAUUAAAACCUGUCUCCACUGUGCCUUUGCAAACUAGUGUUUUUCUUAUUUCAGCCUCAUUUUGGUAAGAGAGAACCUUUCCAUAAAGAUCUCGUGUGUGCACCAUUAGUAUUGUAAAUGUAAGCAAACUCUUGAAGAGUAGAUUAUUUACUGCUGUUCUGUGAACAACUUCUAUUAUUUGGAUCAAGGUUAUUUGAUGUAGAAAAAAUGCCAAGAU